GCAUCUGGUCUGGCCGCCUUCCUUGUUGAAGCUGACAUACGCCUCGUCAGGGGAGAUUAUCUCCGACAGCGGCUAGUAGAGGGCGGUCGGCUGCCCAGGCGCCAAGAAGCUGAGGAGCAGACCUGCGCUACGGACUUUGGCCAGGCAGCCUCGGCUCUCGUGAGCCAUGAGGAGGUCCGGAGUUGGGCUGCAGGUGACGCGAAGGCUAGCAUCCUCUCAGUUUCCCAUUGCUGGGAAGCCAGAGAGCAUCCGGAUCCCCAGGGAUGGCAGCUGAGUCAGCUUGUAAACUAUCUCACCUUGCACCAGCUGGUGAACCCGCCCGCAUGGGUUUUUCUGGAUUACACCUCGCUGUACCAAUACAAGCGCACCACGAGUUUGCAGCAGCUGAGCUUUUCGAGGGCGAUGCAGCACAUGCAGCUGAUGUACUGCCAUGCAUGCACCAGCACUAUCAGGAUAGAAGGGCUGACUCCACCGACCCACCGUCUCCAUGACCUUGUUGCCAUAUACUUGGAGGACACAGGGGAAGUUCAAGAAGUGGAUAUUAUCAUGUUGGUGCCGAAUGGAAAUCCCUACCGCAGGCGAGGAUGGUGCGCGGCAGAGCUACAGUGGUCGUUGCUGCGAGGUGCCACUGCCAAGUCCACACGCAUUGAUGAUUGCAAGGAAGAUGAGGUUGAAAUAUUGGAGAUUGGUGGGCAAACCUAUGUUUUGGAUUGCGCCGCACCAAUGCCCCCUGAAGUCUUCCGAGACUGCGUGAAAGCUGGUGGCCUUUGCUUCACGCACCGAUCGGACCAAGACACCGUUUUUGCUUUACAGGCUGAAGUCUUUUUGGCAAAGGCUGCAUCUUGUGCAGUGCUGCUGCUAGAGCGAUUGCCGCAGAGCGAAGUGGGCAUCCUGGCUGUGGCUUUACCAUUCCACCAUCGCCUCACUGCACUUCGCUUGAAGGCUUGCCAGUUGGUGUGGGACUUGGACGGCCAGGAGGAUGUGGAUUGGUGGAAGCGCAAGAAGGUGCUACGCAAGGAGGCGACACAGCUCUUCGAGGCCUUGCAAGAGAUGGGGUCCAUCACGGAGGUGUCCUUCACUUGUUGCAACGGCGGCGAUGCUUUAGCCCAGGCCGUCGCAGGUCUGCUGAAGAUCAACAAAAAUAUUCGUCUCGUCAAUCUGGAGCAGAAUUUGAUCACGGACAAGGGUGCCAACUUCCUGGCAGAAGCACUCCAGUUCGACAAUUUAGUUGGGCAUCUAGACCUGUCCUGCAAUGAGAUCGGCAAUGAGGGGGCGCAGGUCCUUCGGUCGCUUUGUGGCCUCGCCCUCAACCUGUCUGGAAACCUUGGCGUUGAAGCCGCCGCCAGUGCCGAAGGCAAGUGUGACGCGUCGGGAUGGCCGGGGGUGGACCCGGAAACGGACGUGGAGCCAGCCUCAGAUGCCGGGCCUCUUGGACAACUUGGAGGCAAAGUGGUUGCAGAGUUGCUGAAGUCCAACUGCGCCAUCCGGAAUCUGGAGCUGGACGGCAAAGGCAUCGACGAUGUCGGGGCGCAGGCCCUGUGCCACGUGCUCACUGCAAACACAGCGCUGCAAACGCUCAGCCUCCGCCGCAACAUCGUGGGAGUGGCAGGCGGGGAGGCCUUGGGCCGUGCACUUGCGACCAAUGCCACGCUGCACAAGCUCGACCUCUAUGCCAAUGGCCUGGGCGACGCUGGCGCCGAGGGCUUAGCAUGGGGCCUGCAUCUGAACUCCACGCUGCAGUCGCUGACGGUGGGUGGGAACGACAUCGGCGACGGUGGUGCGAAGGCAUUGGCCGCAGCCCUUCAUAGCCACGGAGCAGUCCGUGUGCUCUUCAUCGGUGGCCAGAACAUCGGGGACUCCGGGGCCGAGGCCUUCGCUGAAGCCCUGGAGAGCAACACGGCCCUGGAAGAGCUGAUCAUGUGGUGGAACAUCAUUGGGGAUGCUGGUGCAGAAGCUCUGGCGCGGUCCCUUCUCUUGAAUAGGACCCUGCGGGAGCUCAAGGUCCUCGCGAACACCAUCGGCGAAGCCGGGUGUAAGGCGCUGCAGGACGUCCAAGACGCCAAGCGCCAACGAGGGGAAACGUUUUUCAUUGAGGGCCUGGAAGGACAGAGGUCGCCCCACGGCCUUAGGCCGAAGGUGUCGACUUUCUAA